UUUUAUUCCACAUAUCUAGGUUGCCACACCGGAAUUUGUUGAUAGCCCUUUGGCCUAAUUAAUAGUAAACUUUUAAGAAAAGAAGGGGGAAAACUUCUUGUUAUUAUAUUUCACCUGAUUUUGUUGGGAUUUUAUUGGGAUUUUACCGCCAAAUAUUGUCUAAUUCAAGAUCCGGCCAUAUUUGGUAUCUUCGAAAAUGUCAACUGGUUUCAAAGUUGACCGCUUGGAUCAUUUUGUAAUUACGGUCAAGGAUAUUGAGCAGACAGUCAAUUUUUAUACUAAAGUGCUAGGAAUGGACUUGGUCUCGUUUAAGGGAGGAACCAGAAAAGCUCUAAAAUUUGGGAAUCAGAAAAUCAAUUUGCACGAACAUGGGCGAGAGUUUGAACCCAAGGCAAGCGAGCCUAUGCCGGGCUCAGCUGAUGUUUGUUUCAUCACACAGACACAUGUUACUGAUGUUAUUUAUCAUCUGAAGGCAUGCAAUGUACCAGUGGUGGAAGGGCCAGUGGAACGAACUGGUGCCGAGGGACCAAUUCAGUCCGUGUAUGUCCGUGACCCUGAUGACAAUCUGAUUGAGAUUUCAAACUAUUUGCCAGGAGAGUAAUUAAACUGCCAAUUACCUGUGAGGCCGUCGAAGAUAUUUAUAAUCUACAAUCUAUAAUAUGGUUUAAUUUCCCAGACAAUUCUGCAUCAUCUACAAUUUCAAAGACCUUGGGAAAUGGUUGAUUCAAACACUCAUAACCUUGACUUUCUAUCAUGUAAAACUGAAUUGUUAUAGCUAGCAUCAUCAAAGAAAUUAUCAUGAAACCAUAUGAAAUGUAGCUGGAAUAACUCACUAAUAAAUAACAAUUAUACAUAUGCCAAAAAACAUAUCAUAUAUGAUGGCAUACAAGGUGCAUGGUCAUAUUAAACACACUACAGUUUCGGCAUCUCAUAUUCAGGGAAAAAAGUUUUUAGUGCACUUAAGCAUAUAAUGUAGACACAACUUUGGAUAUAAAGGACCCGGGGUGAAUUUUUGAGACAUUUUUUUUUUGGGGGGGGGGGAAACAGCAUGUCUUAUAUGCCAUCAAAUAACCCUUUAUCAUUCAAACAGGUCACAUAUUCUACCUCUUUAAAUUAAAUAUACUGUAUAAAUGACCAUAAUAAUAAAAGCUGUGUAGAUG